AUGGCGGAGACGCUAGCAUCUGCCCAGGAGGCAGGGCCGUCCGGCCAGCAGCAGCGGCCCAGUACCACGGGUCGUAAACCGUGGAGGCAUGUGUACUAUGAAAAGCUGGACCGCUUUUACACGCUGGAUGGUGCACUUGGCUCACGCAAUACUCAAGGGGGCAUGGACAACCGUGAGGAGUGGUCCAAGCUGAAGCUGGAGCUUGAGGCGCUGGAGAAGAAGCAUAAGAUUACGAAACGGUGGCAGCCUGACAGCCAUGAGUACACUGUUGCAGCACGUGAGCGGAAGGCAUAUGAAUUGGCACGGUUGGAACGUGCUGCUUCGGGCCUGGCAGCUACACUGGCCGGCCUGCAAGACCGGCUUUACCGUCGGGGCUCACUUGCACUAACCAAGAAAGAGUGCAACAAGCUGAGCAGGGGCUGCUCGGCCGCCAAGGCCAGCCUGCUAUCGGUGCUGGGGCAGAUGAGGCGCUGGCUGGGGUACAUCACCGUUGUGCCUUGGGUCACGUACAGUGUGCCAGCAGUCGAUGCAGUGAUUGCUUCCCUUGAGGGUGAGGCAGCUGUCCCGGUUGUCGAAACUGCUGGGAAGGCUGACAGACAGGCUGGCGGGGCAGGCAUACCUCGGGCACCAGCCCGUGUGCACCUGCCGUGGGAGGGUGAUGAGGUGAUGUCGUGGGAGGUCAGUGUGGCAGAUGACCUCGCGCAGCGCUGGCUCCGUUGCAAUGAGGAGUGCACCAUUGUGGAGCGUGAGCUCCGUGACAUGGUCAUUUACUACACGCGUAAGAUAAGCCUUCUGCGUGCUCAGAGGGAAGUUAUCCGUGGGCACAUUGCUGUUCUGCAGCAAGAUGCGGGUGGAGGGGGGAAUGGGCAGCAGCAGGGCGAGAUGCAUGGCCAGCAGGAUGCUGUGGAAGCUGCUCUGCAGCAUGCAUUCAAUGGCCACCAGAUUUACCUGCAGCAGCGCCAAUACACGCCCGUUGGUUUGGCCAGGGAGGCGUGCACUGUGUUGGCAGGAAAGGCUGUUGUCACGGAAGAAGAGGUGGUGAGGUUACAGAAGCUGCUGGAUGCCGCUGCAUCCACCCAAGCUAAGGCAUGUGUAAUGCUUGGCAGGUCGGCCAUUGUCCUGGAAGCUGGACACCCUGAAACGGAGGUAUCUGAUGAAGGCCAGAGCAGCGGAGAUGAGGAGGAGCCCAUUGCACUCGAUGAGGUGUUUGAGGUCGGGGAAGAGCCCCUCGAUGUGGAGGAAGACGUGGUCCCCUAAGUGACGCCUUGUGUAUGGAGACUGUUGUACUUCCAUGUAGACUCUGUGCUCGAUAAGCUGUUAGAGGCUGGAUGUGCCAAACUCGGAUUCUUACUGUAAAACUACUCGGAU